AGCGUUAGGGAGUACGUGACGCUGCAGGCCAUCCGCGAACUGGAUAAGAUAUUUACCCAAUUACUACAAUGUCCAUCCCGCACAUAUGAAAAUGACAAAGAAGGUUCGGACAUUUCGAAGGGUGGAAGUUCUUCUUGGCCCACUCGUACCGGUCGCUCUCAAGAAUGUCGGUUCGCAACCUUAUCGACGAAGGAUUCUAUCUGGUACCUGUGCAGUGUCUUGGAUCUAACAGCGAGGAGUUGUCUUUCUUCUACGCGGGGUGACGGCCUACUACGGGAGGGUAUUCUAGGUGCCCUUGCUAAUCUCCUUGGGCAUAUCCAUAUGUCAGUGGAGAAGCACGCGAACCCGACGGAAGAGAACGCUGUUAGCUCGAAGACAUGUCACGGUACGUCGCAGAGAUGCUGCACCGGAGGGCGGAGGCCCGUGAUAGAUGAAGUCUGUGGCCAGAUGGUGUUGGCAGUGUCUGAGAGGGUGUGGCUGCGUGAGACACAGGACAGCUAAUAGCACAAUGUCGAAGGUGAGCAGAAAGAACAAAAAAA